AUUAACGUACUCGUCUGGCAUGUUGGUUCAUCUUGAUUCGAUAAGACAAGAAGAUGCAGGCCACCGCGAGAAAAAGUGAAAGUGCUAGCUCGCGACCGUCUAGUCCGGGUAUGCGGCGCAGUUCAGCUAGUGGACCCGUUCGAGGGGGUAAAGGUGCCCCACGGCUUCCAAAACCCGUUGUGGAUAUCUUCCAACCACCUAGGCUGACGCCAAUCUUGAUAUCUCAUGGCGAUUUGAUCGAGAAAACCGCACCUCUGUAUGUCCAGAUUCAAGAUCCUGAUGAAGUGGAAACGGAUCAUAGGGCACGACGACCACCAGAUGGCAAGAAAGGACUUGUUGUGGAUGAAGGAGAUCACCAAGUCGCGAAGACGUCGGAAGUUGAAAAGGCAGAUGAAAAAACGGCUUCGGGUGCUGGAGCGGAAGGCUUGAACUCCUCUCCAGUCGCACCGCCUCCAGGGGGCCAAUAUGGUCCCUUUGCUGACGUUCUGCGAGGCCGAGCGGAAGUGAUUGCCGAAGAUGUCUGUGCGCAUUGGCUAAGACCCGAGUUGUUGCAUGAGUCAAAACCCACCCCCGAAACAGCUGCUCCUGCUCCAUCGCCCGCUCCUAAAUCCACCGACAGCACGAAACCUGAUGAGGUUAGCGCGAAUGAAACUGCCAGUAAACCCGCUGCGAACACGGCGUCCCCUGCCACGCCAGGAGCGGGGACAGGUCCUCCGACUGCCCCAGGACAGCAGCCUUCUAGUGAACCGAGUGUAGCAAGUGUCACCAUGAUCUUCAACGGCGAAGCCCGCCUCAAGGAGCGCCUCUUUGGGGCUCGGUACGGCGCACCACUGCUCGUAAAAAUAGCCCGUGAGCUCAUCCGCACCGCAGGCGACCUCCAUGUGCGUCUCCAGGCAGUGUUCGCACCCGUAAGUGCCGCUGGGAAGCACUUUGCGCCGGUCCCCAGAAUACCAGCUGGAGGCCUCGGAUCUGCCGCUGGUCCUGCUCUCGGAGAGGGCGCGCAAGAACAAAAUGCUGACCCUUCAUCCGGUGGUGUAUCCGUUUCCGUUGAGGAUAGUGCUAGUGCUCUUAGUCCUAGCAUCGGCGGUCGUGGUUCUGGCAGCGGAGAGUCAUCUAUAGUCUUCGACCUUUUGGAUGACAUAGGCUAUAGCUUGGGGAAAAGCGGUAUCGAGCUGGACCCUGCGGAGUUUGAGCCGUCAAGCGGCCACAGACGGGCGGUCGCAAAGUCGUUGCCCAUGUCUCGACCACACGACCGACUUUUCUUAAAUCCUGCAGGAAGAACUAGUCGUGUGUGCACUUCGAGAGCCUCUGCGAUGCUAUCAGGCUCUAUGGGAGGCAAUGGAAGCGCUCUUGACGGUAGUACUGCAAGUGUUGGGGGAGCAGGAGCUGGCGAUUUCGAUCUUCUUGACUUUUUUCAGCGCAUCGAAUGGGCACGGGCGACGGUGACUGGCGCCACGCCUUUUGGCGAGGAAUGCAUGGAAGACAUCGAUGAGGAAGCUGUAAAGCAUGAAGAUGACGGUGAUGAUGAAGAUAUGAUGUUGAACACAAGAUCUAACGGAGCCGAUAAGAGCAGCAUCCACAAGGAGGCUGCGACACAGCGAGCAUUGGAGGAACUACGAAAAAGUUUGGGACACACAACGCUGGUUCCCGAAAAUAAGUGUGAAGACGAUGGUGCUCUGAUGGCAAUAGGGGGCGUAGCAGAAGCUGCAGGAGGCAACGUGAUCAUGUCUUCAAGUAACAUGCCUCUGGGAACGACGUUUUACUAUUUUCGCGUAGGUGCUCGUCUUGUCACUGUGAUCGACAUGAUUCCAGACUCCUUGCGCGGAUUCGCAUACGAAAGCGCGAAUACAACCCUAUUUCAAAUGCAGCACUACAUGUUGUAUGGUCCACUCGCGGAUCAAACUCCAAGAGCUAGCGCUUUAGCUGCACUACAGGAUCCUGCAGCUUGUUCACCACCUGGUAGCGGAACCGCAGAGCAAGGGGCUUUAGUAGCAUUGCCAAACAGCUUAGGCAGUAAUGGAAUUGUGGCCACUCCAGCGAAGACAAAUUCAGGUUUGCGCGGCCUGAUGAGCGCGGUCUCUGCGUUAGGGAGUAAAGACGUCGUCGCGCGAAUCGAGUCUUCGGAAGGCUACGCUUCUCCACCAGCGCCGGCGCCAAAAGAAACUAAAGCUUCUGGAGGACGCGCGAGCGUGGCUAGAUUGGGGUCGGCCCGUCCCUCAACGGCAGGUAGGGCGUCGGCUGCCUCGAAAGUCGCUUCUGCCGGCAAAAAUCUUCCGCCGCCUGUGGAAACAAAAACUGCACUGUUCUUCCUUGCAAAUGGCGGCGUAGAUCGAGAGGAGGACUACAUCAAUGGCUUUAGUUCUGGCGCAUUUGGUGGAGGCUCAGUUGAUAACAACUUGAACGGCAGCACGAGGACAGCGUUCUUACCCGAUGGUGAACUUCUGUUGAGUGAUACCUCAGCGCCAGACACUCAGCAGAUGAUGUUGCGAAAUGGUUACAGAAAUGGCUACAAUACGCUCGAGUACGCCCGCGCUGUAAUCGACAGCCAAAAUUUGCACCGUGUUGGUGGCAGCGGCAUAACGCAGGUCUCUUGGUUUGGCACUGCGUUGAACGCGAUGGUUGCGAACAUGCUACAGGCGCUCGCUUCGUGUGGUCUCAUAGUUGCUCCUUCUGGCCCGGACGUUCUCGGUUUGGGGGCCGUAGCAACCGCACCUGACAUUUUCAUCGUAGAGGAGUUGGGUGAUGACAUCAUAGCAGACCGCAGUCCUACCGCUUUGGCUGCAAGGGAACACGCGCUCACAUUAGAGCAACACAUCAAACCGGCUUUGCAGAGACUGGAAAGUGUGCUGAGCGGUGGUAAAUUUUACGAUAGUGGCUCAAAAAAAGCGCUGCUAUGGGAGGACGUGCGGGGCACCACAAGCUUCCAAAUGUCAGAGGGUGCUCGCCUUCUUCUCUCCCUCAAGAGAGUGAAAACGGCGUUGGACAGGUAAUUCUUAAGCUUAAGCUUAACAUCAUACUUUUACUUACACAGCUGCUCGAGCAAGAAUCAUUCAAAUAUUUUUAUGGAGACUCAUCCAUACUGUUAUCCAGCAAGAGAUGAAGAGUGUUAUCCAGUAGGAGACGAAGAGUUGUAGUUCUAAGUAGUUUCCGGCUUUGAUGUUCCCUGAAAAUCGUCCAAAUGCAAACACAAACUCAUUCACUAUCACUACAGGUACCGCAGCGUAAAAACGGCUCCAGUAGCAGCGGAUGUUUCGGGUAGAGGACUACCGACUACUGUAUCCGACGCGAGUCGGGUCUCUGUUGAGUCUUCGGUCCUGCAGCAACACGUGGAGCAUCAGAAGGCGAAGAGUGUUGCGGUGACGCAGCUUGCGGAGGAGGUCGGCUAUGUCUUGCGCUUAUUGACCGGCUGCCGUAGUGACUUCGUGACUGAAGGCAUCGAGCGCGCCGCUCGAAUCAAGUCUCUCUUCGUGCACUCCACAAGUGCGCAGAAAACCCUCGAGGCGAGCGAGCAGCGUCUGAGCCAAGCACUUGAGGAGGAGCAAAGCGAAACGGCGAAGCUACGCAGUGAGUUGGAAAGAUCACAAGGGGAACUAGAGGCCAGCAACCAACAGUGCAGGACUCUAGAAGCCAAAAUUAAAGCAUUGGAAGAAGAGCGACGCGACAUUCGCAAGCUUGUUGCAGAACGCGAGCGCGCAGUGGAAGCCCUCAUCGAGAAGGCUCACGGAAAGAUCUAAAGAACAGCACAAGGAUGAUUUGUUCAUCGAAUGGUAGGCUAAAGAUAUGCAUAGACGCUCAGAAGAUCAAGAUGGACCUACAUCGCAAUUUCAAUGUCAAAUUUUGCUUCUCUAUUUUCUUGUUGACUAUCAUACAACAUAACAUCGAUCAUGUGCUUGUUAUGGAUGUUAGAAACAGAAAUAGAAUUAGAAACUAAAAACGUAGAAAAAAAUGAAUAUGAAUACUUCUUUAUCAAGGUAUUUUUCUUUAACAUUAUUUUGAUUUCAUCUUGUUCUACAGGAGAAUCGAAAUGAAGUACCUAUCAGAAAUGUACUUUUUGUUUUUCAACAUGCUCUUGCCUUGAAAAACGAAAGGGAAUCAUUGUGAGUGGCUUUUAACCCCGCAAUAAUGCAUGUAGAAUAGGAACAGAGACGAAAAAGUGGUGAACGUGGACUCCCUUCCCAGCAAGGUUGAACACAAAGAGC